AGUCCUUAUCAUCCUUAUGUUUACAUAUUAUUUCUUGAACAAUGUUAUGCAGAGAAUGUACAAACAUGAUAGGAUUAUGGAAGGCCUUAAUAUUACGGAAGAGAUGUUAAGCCCCGACUCGGUGACCAGACAACUGAAUGACCAGAUAUCCUUAGCGAAAGCUUUUGUUGUCAUUGCAAAAGAAAGUAACAAUCUUCAAUUUGCUUGGGAAUUAAGUGCCCAGAUCCGCAAUUCAAAGAUUCUGCUCUCGAAGGCUGCUACAAGGCGUGUCCCUUUAACAACCAUGGAAUCAGAACAUUCCAUCCGUGAGAUGGCAGUAUUGAUAUACCAGGCCCAACAGCUGCAUUAAGACAGUGCAACAAUGAUAAUGAGACUGAAGGCCAAAAUUCAAAGUCUUGAAGAACAAUCGAGUUCUGUAUCUGAAAAGAGUUCAAAAUAUGGACAAAUAGCUGCUGAAGAAGUCCCAAAAAGCCUAUACUGUCUUGGUGUCCGGCUGACAACUGAAUGGUUCAGAAACCUUAAUCUGCAAAAGAAAUUGAUGGAAAAGAGGCAAAUGGAGCUGAAGCUAAAGGACAACAAUCUUUACCACUUUUGCGUGUUCUCCGAUAACAUAAUUGCCACUUCAGUAGUUGUCAAUUCAACUGCAAUAAACUCUAAAAAUCCCGAAAUGGUAGUAUUCCACCUUGUCACUGAUGAAAUAAAUUAUGCUGCGAUGAAGGCAUGGUUUGCCAUGAAUGACUUCCGAGGAGUGACUGUUGAGGUUCAGAAGUUUGAAGACUUCAGCUGGUUGAAUGCUUCAUAUGUUCCUGUUCUUAAGCAACUUCAAGACUCGGAAAUACAGAACUACUACUUUUCUGGCAACAGUGAUGAUGGCAAGACGCCAAUUAAGUUUCGGAACCCUAAAUAUCUCUCCAUGCUUAAUCACCUAAGGUUUUAUAUUCCUGAAGUUUUUCCUGCCCUGAAGAAGGUGGUGUUUCUUGAUGAUGAUGUCGUGGUUCAGAAGGAUCUCUCUCCACUUUUCUCCAUCGAUUUGAAUGGCAAUGUUAACGGAGCUGUUGAGACGUGCAUGGAGACAUUUCAUAGAUACCAUAAAUACCUGAAUUACUCCCAUCCUCUUAUACGAGCACAUUUUGAUCCUGACGCAUGUGGAUGGGCAUUUGGGAUGAAUGUAUUUGAUUUGGUUGAAUGGAGGAAAAGGAAUGUCACAGGCAUCUACCACUACUGGCAGGAAAAGAAUGUUGAUCGGACAUUAUGGAAACUUGGUACGUUACCACCCGGCCUGUUGACAUUUUACGGUUUAACUGAACCCUUGGAUUCGUUAUGGCAUGUAUUGGGAUUCGGCUACACUACUGUUGAUCCUCAGUUAGUAGAGAAAGGAGCUGUGCUACACUUCAAUGGAAACUCCAAACCAUGGUUGAAGAUUGCGAUUGAGAAGUACAAGCCAAUGUGGGAGAAAUAUGUCGAUUAUUCUCAUCCUUUAUUGCAAAAAUGCAACUUUCAUUGAUUUAUAACCAUGCUUUAUUGGGGACUCCUAAGUUCAACGUUGGUCCAUGGCUAGGCCUUGAAUCGUACAAGCCCCUGCUGACUGAUGAUUAUCCUCUGUUGUUAUUGCAACUGUGCGUUUUCCACCGACCAUGGAACCAGAAGGUUGGGUGAUCCCGUGCACAGACAAGCUGGGUUUUGAGGUUUGAAUUUUGCAGCCUGAACCAAGAAAUGCCUGUACAAUUUUUUUUGUAGUAACAUGGGAGUACGCAUUUGAUUCUUGAUAUUCUGUUGUAGCAUAUGGAUGUUGAUUGUUAUUGGAUUAUAUUAACUUA